GCCUUAAAUACGUUGUCAUGAAAGAUGCCAUCGCCGACAAUCAAAGUGCGGGGCUUCUACUUUAGGUACUACUUACAACUAGAAUUUCUAUAAUUAACUUAAAGAAGUCUCUACUAUCAUAGAACCUCUUCGGUUUAUCAGUUAAACUAUCCCGUAUGAACAUGGUUGAAGUUGAGAAAUACCAUCUUCCGCCUACUCGCCUCAUACCCAACUCUCCACAGCCUCUGCUUUAUUAUAAAGGACUCCUGGUCGACCCCUCCGAACGUCGACCUGAAGCUAUCCACGGCAUGCUAGAUAAAAAUCACUGGAAAACACAAUGGAUAUUUCGGUACGGCUCAACUCAGCCAUCGCAUUAUCAUUCAAGAAUCCAUGAAGCUAUGGUCGUGCUCUCUGGCAAAGCAACCAUUAGAUUUGGUGUCGCGGAUACAGAUCCCGACCUUGAUAAGAAUACCUGGGGUGGUGCGAAGGAAGAGGGCGGGAUUGAGGUGACGGCUAGCAUUGGAGAUGUUUUCAUAAUCCCUGCCGGCGUGGCUCAUAAGACAUAUAAUACUAGCCCCAGCGCAGAAUUUAGUCUGUUAUCACCAGGCGAUGGACACGGGAUACCUGGUCCCAAUGCCCGGGAGUCCUUAGCCAACGUACGGCUUUCUGGGUUCACGAUGAUGGGCGCUUACCCUAAGAACUGCGGCCACUGGGACUUCUCUAUCGGGGGAGAGGACGUGGGAGACUUUGAGGCUUCAUGGAAUAUUCCAAAGCCAGAGAAAGAUCCCUUUCUAGGUGAUUCACGGGAUGGGAUUGUUGGACAGUGGAACGCUACCGAGAUCAUUGAAAGGAGAACAUUAAUUGCUAAGCUCUGAAUGCUCUGUCGAUAUGCAUUCUCAAGGGAAGAAGUCGCUAUAGUCAUGAUAAGACUUAUAGUAUUAAAGGCAAGGAAUAAUUGGUAAUAUGUUAAGCUAUCGAAACUUGGUUGUUUCUUUAGUUUACUAGUCUCUGCCCUAGUUACAAUAGGCGGGAUCGGUGAGGGCAUUACACGACGAGAAAUCGGGAAUGGAUUCAUAUAAGGCCAGUAGUCAGACACUAAUUUUUUGAGCUAAUUUCUACAGGACACGGUCAUACUAAUCGGCUGGACCAACAAUCAAGCACGUCGUUUUAGUGCAUCACAUAUAUCCAGAUGCUCUGGGGUGCAUAGCCUUCCUUUAUCUUAUUAGGCGUGGUCGGGAUUAUAAAGAAAAACUGUAGGCCUUUAACAGACGCUUGACUUCAUAUAAAUUAUCUUGCUGCUAAAUGUCCCCAAACAAAUAUUUUAGAAAUUUUUCAAUUAUGUCCUUGAAGCAUUUAUAUUUUCUGAGUCUCUACGGCUUUAUACCG